GGCUCAAAGCCCCAACAUAUCCAUCCCAUCGACCCGUCAGAGCCGGUCACCAGUCCGAUUCCGACGUGUCCUCAUGCAGGGCCGGCAGCGGUCGGACCGGCGGUCACCCCAGCAGCCAUCCAGGGCGCCCGAAGCAGCGGAGGCGGCUCCGCACGAGCGCGCGGCGCCCGUGGGCGCGGCGCCGGCCGGCGCGACCUCGGCUCAGGCGACGCCACCACCGUAUAUGCCGCAGACUCCUUCCAGCUCUGAGUUGCUGGAUGUCGACGUCACGGUCUUGGCCUUUGCACAAUGGGUCAUGGAACUGAAGCACAAGAGCUCCAACUCACAACGGUCGCUUCAGACGGAACUGAAUACCAUCAAGACGGCCAUCAAUGGUAAUCACACCGAUCUGGCAGAAUUCAAACGACAAGGAGCAUCCAUCCAGCAACGCAUGCAAUGUGAGAUCAACGAGAUUCGAGAGUCGUUGAGCUCCGUCUUCAUGGAAAUCACCGCUGCAGUGCGAAAUAAUGCUGCUGCAGACCAGGAUUUGAAGAUGAAGAUUCAGACGCUCAAUGAGCAGGCCGUCCGGAAUGAGACGGCCUUUGCACAAUUGGCGGAUGCAGCGGAUCAGUCACAGUCAAAGCUACGUGCUGCCGCUCAGGAGAUGCAGCACUCCUCCGAGCGCAUGCGGGAGGAUAUGGCAUCGCUCAACCAGCAGACCGACUUCUUGCAAACUCAGGUUACAGAUCGCUCGGACCAACUGCGUAUGGAGUCUGAGCAGCUGGCUCAGGACCUGCAUACGCAGCUGGAAAAAAGAAAGGUGCAGCUGCAAAAGAUGGUGCAAGACGUGGUGAACAUCGGUGAAUCCCUCCAAGGUUUGGUGAAUGACUUUGGCCACCUGCGAAAAGAGUCAGGUACCAACCAAAGCAAGCUCCAAAAAGAUCUUUUCAGCCAGUCAGUGACCGGAAAGGUGACAGGCCUACCGGGAAGCACUCAGGACAUGCGUUUGGAUCUUGGGCUGAUCGCAUGAGGUGUUCUCCACCAACGGACAGCCGGCAGUGACACUGGACUUCUCAGAGCCGACGGAUCUGUUCGUUUGCUUUUUUUUCAAGAGAACGCCACAAAGACGCCACAAGGGGGUCGCUGGCAGCCCAGCUUUCGCUCGCACACGCAGUGGUCGUGCUCCCUUGGCCCGAACUUUUAACGAACAAUUCAGGCAGGUGUAUAUAGCUGACGCACAGGUGUUGUGCUAACAUGCACCAAACAAGACUUGGUUAUGCCGAGUGGCUGAGUUUCUGAUGUUGGGGCCUUAAUGGAGUUCUGCCGCGUAG